GGGGAAAAAAUGAGGUGUUUGCCGUUGCCAUGGAGCCGAAUAGGGAGAGCGAAGCUGGACAGCGACCCUAGCUGAGACGUAAAGUGUGUUUAAGAGAUUCAACGGGCGUCUGGGAAAGGCUUCAGGGUGCUUACUGCGCAAGUGCUUGGAGCAUGCGCAGUGCGGAAGAGUGGGCCUCCUGCCCUCGCGCUGGCACUGCGAUGGCAAAGCUGAGGGGAACGUGCCUGAGGAACUGAAGUGGGGAGGAGGGCGUUCGCCGCGCGGCAGAAUAAAGAGGGUUUUUUGUUGGUUUUUUUCAUUUAAGCCACGGCCUGUGCUCCUGAGCAUGUACAGAGUGCCUUUUGCCUCACCGCCACAGAAUAACUCGCAGGCCAUUGGGGACUGAGGAGAAGGAAGAAACUGCCACGGCCCGGCAUACUCCUGUAGCGCAGUACCACUUGGUUCCUCGCUUUUAAACUACGUAAAAGAUGAGGGGCAGAAUAAAAACUAACGGACGACGAAGCUUUGAAAAUAACAACGAAGAGGCGGGGCCGUGCUGCUCAACCAAUCGCAAGGCUGGGCGAGGAGCGCCUGACGUCACGGCGUCGCCGAGAGGACGUCGAACGACCGCGCGCCCCCACGCGGGCCGAGAUUCCGUUGCCAUGGCGACCGCGCAGCGCUUGGGACCGGGGCGGCUGGCGCAGGAGGCCGGCGCGCUCGCUGCCGUCGUCCGGGGCUCCGUGGGGCCUCGAGGAGGGCACGUGCUGCUCACCCGCCCCACGGGGGAAGUGCUGCUUUCCAGGGACGGGCGGCGCGUGCUGGAGGCCUUGAACGUCGAGUCGCCCACCGCCCGAAUGAUGAUUUCAUGCAUUUCCGCACACUGCAAUUUGACUGGGGAUGGUGCUAAAACGUUCAUCGUAAUUCUCUCCAUUUUACUUCAAGAACUUGAAAAACUUGUUAAAGGAGGUAGUCCUUCCUGUUAUGAGAAGAUCCAAGGAAGAGAGAAUUGUAAAGAAAAUUUUUACAGACUGAAACAAGUUUCCCAGCUUCUUAUAACGAUCCAGAUGGACAUUCUAGAUUACAUAGUGACAAGAGACCUUGAAAAGCAUUUUCAUUCAGUAUUUUCUGUUUCUGACAAAGAAAUAAGUAUGAGCACAAUGGGGUUGGUACUGGAAGCUUAUUUUUCUGGGAAAGUAGGAAUCAAUAGACAAAAGUUUCUUUCCCAGUUAAGCUGUGAUUUCUACUUCAGAGUUACUGCUGGUAAAAAUAGGAGUGAAGUCCUAUGCUUUGUGGAUGACUGUUUUGCUGAGUUGCAUACUACUGUGACAGGCCUCCCUGUUUCAAGUUCAAGAAUCCUAGAUGGGCUUAUUCUUCACAGAGACUUUGCUGUGUACUGUCCUGCAGAUGGUGACAAAAGAGUUCUAGUUAUAACAGAACCUAUCCAGCCUGCUUAUUCUGACUUGGGUGCUGAAGUUGUCAUAACUGCUGAAAAUCAACAUGGGGCAUCUAAAACCUGGAUUACAAAAAGAACAGAAGCUGUUCUAAAGCACAUGCGGGACAAUGACAUCAAGGUUUUAUUGUCAAGUGUAAAACAACAGGAAGCUGUUCAUAACUACGCAAAAAGCAGUGGCAUAUCUAUUGUAGAGUGCCUGUCCCCAGAGGAGAUAUCUCUUAUCUACAGGAUCACAAAUAUUUCACCUUUUAAGCCAUCUUUGGACAAUAUUCACACUGAAAUCACAGAAGCCGCUGUUGCAAAAUUUUGCCAGCCAUUGCACCUUGGCGCCAAAAGAUUUGUUCCAUAUAGGCUUUGAAAGGACGUGUGCCCUUCAGCUCCACUGU